UCUCGGCCGAGGGUCACACUGGUGGAAAUUAAAAAACUUAAUUUAAUUAAACCAAAGGACUUAAAAAGCCACCUCAAAAAACGGCCAACGCUGGCGACAUGGAAGCGGAGCAGCUGAAACGACUGGAGGCCAAGGAGGCGGACCACAUCCCCGCCAUCCUGGGCGAGUUCAACACGAAGAAUGCGGAUUUGCUAAUCUUCGACAGCUUUCGCACGGACAACCAGUGGCACGAGCUGUGGCUGGCCAUCUUUGGGAUCCUGGAGGAUCAGCGGCUGAGCCAUUUGCAUACGCAGUGCCUCAACACGGUGAGAAUUCUCACGCGCGACGAGUUUAGUUUGCAGACGAACUACAUCGAACAGGAGGUGAAUACUUUGCUGCGGCUGGCGAGGAUCGAAGCGGGUUCCCUGAAGCUUCCCGCCACUCCCGAUGAGCUCAAGCAGCAGGAGCAGGAGCAGCCCCAGCUGGAGCCCAGCCAGGCGCAAUCGGAGGUAAUUGCGGAGGCUCUGAAAUGCCUCUGCAAUUUGGUCUAUCAAAGCUCCGACUGCCGGAGGCAGUGCCUCCGCCAGCACUGCCUGGACGCGAUCCUCAAGCGGGUGGCCUCCUCGAUGCGGCAUCCCUGCGCUCUGGAGUACUACGACAUGAAGCUGCUCUUCCUGCUUACCGCAUUGGAGCCUUCAGCCAGGUCGCGCCUACAAAUUGAUCUCAAUGGAUUGACCUACAUGACCAAGUGGCUGGACGACAAGCUGGGCGAGGUGGAGCAGGCGGGCGAGGAGCAGCUGAACAUCAUCUGCGAGCUGCUCAAGGUGAUGUUCAACGUGACCAGUGCGCCGGACAAGAGUCCCAAUGAGUACGAAAUUCAGAGUUUGCAUUUAACUGGAGUCCUAAGGGAACUGCUCCUGCGCUUCGGGGAAAUGGCCAGCGACAAGGAUCGCGCGGUGGUCACGCAUGCCAUUAAUCUGCUGACCAAUAUCUCGGGAGGCUGCCUGACGGAGUUAACGCUGCGCUGCUCCAAGGAGGAGGAAAAGGAGAAGGAGAAGGAUGCAGAGGCCUCCAGUGCCUCUAAAUCCCGCCAAUGCUGCUCGCAGUGCUUCGAGAGGCGCAAUGUGCGCAGCCUGGACGUCCUGCUGCGCUACCUCCGCCAAUCGCUGGCCCAGCAGGAGGCGGAGGCCAGCUCCCAUGAGCUACUCUCGCCCGUUCUCACUGUUCUGGUGAAAUGUGCGCGCAGCGAUCGCGUGAUGCGUCAUUAUCUAAGACAGGAGAUCCUGCCGCCACUGCGCGACGUCAGUCAGCGACCGGAAAUUGGCCAGGAGCUGCGCAAUCAUCUCUGCCGCUUCCUCACCCUGCCCGCCAUGAUUCUGCGCGAUCUCUCCGCCGAAUUGCUAUUUGUUCUCUGCAAGGAGGAUGUCGGAAGGAUGAUCAAGUAUACAGGAUAUGGAAAUGCAGCUGGUUUGUUCGCCAAGCGGGGGAUACUCGACUGCCGGCGAGUGGAGGGCACCGACUAUUCGUCGGAUAGCGAGGACAGCGACACCGAGGAGUACAAGCAGCAGCAGCAGGGCAUAAAUCCCGUGCUGGGCUGUAUUGAACCGCCCAGCAGUCGGUCUUCGCAUUUGGAUGGGAUUAGCGAGGAGCAGAAGGAGUACGAGGCCAUGCAGUUGGUCAACCUGAUCGAACAGCUAAGACAAGGCGGCAUCGUCAAGCCGGCGCUGAUCGACAAGGACGGAAGGCCGCAGCCGCUGGAGCACAUCCUCCAGCUGCAGGAGGAGCUGCCGCAGCAGCAGCUCGACCAGAAGCGCAAAACCUAAGCAACUGAUCAUCCAGGGAUUGAGCUGUGGCACAACUUCCAAAUAAUCACCCCAAACUGCAUUUACUUAAUAGGUUUAACGGUCGAGAAUGCAGCAGAAUAGCUUCGCCUAAUUGUUAUCCAUAUAUUCUGCGUUUGAUUUCCAUUAUUUUACCACUCCCAAUUGUUGUAGCUUAACUAUUAGCAUUAGUUUUUAGCCAAAGCCAUUAUAAUCAACCAUAUUAGAACUAA